AAUAAAAAUGACUGAAAAUAACCCCUUCAAAUGGAAUCUCAAUAAUGAUAAUAAUAACAACAACAACAAUAAUAAUAACGACCAUUUUUCAACAUCGUUAAAUACAAAUUCAUUAUUUAGUUUUAAUCCAAAUUCAAAUAAUAAUAAUAAAUUCAAUUUUAAUAUUUUACCAGAUGAAGGAGAUGAUGAUCUACAAAAUAUGUUAAAUAAUAAUAAUCAUAAUAAUAAUAAUAAUAUCGAUACAUUUGGUGCAUCACAAUUUGGUACUCAAACAUUAAGAACCAAUUUUAAUAACUAUGAAUUAUCUGAUAACCAAUUCAGUUAUAAUAAUGACAUUCAAAUUCAAGACAUUGAAGGAAAUCAAUUAACAGCAGACUACGAAGGUAUGCAAGAAGAUGAAAUUCAACAAUAUAACGAUAUUUUUAAUGAUAAAGGAAGAUCUGAUGAUUUUGUUUUUCACAAUAUGUUAGAGAAUGAAUAUUUUCAGCCAAAAAUCAAUAACCCAGAUGAAUUACCAAUUCAUUUAUCAAAUAUAUUUCAUAAAAUUUCACAAGCAAAAAUUAAUUCAAUUGAAAACGAAGAUAGAAAUAAAUUAUAUUAUUUAACAGCUAAUAAAAAUUAUAAAGAUGAACAAUUAAAUAACUAUCAAAUGGAAAAAGAUACAUGGAAUCUUAUUAGCAAAUUAUACGAUUAUAGAGAUAUAUUAAAAGCCAAAGAACAAAAUGAAAAGAUUGAAUUAAACAAUCCAACCCAAUCACAGGUAUACCAAUACUUAAUUAAAAAGAAUCAAAAUAUUCACGAAAACUCAAUUAUUUUACAGUGGUUAGAAGAAAUGGCACCAGAAAUUGAUUAUACAACCGAUAGAGUAUUUUCAGAGCAUACAUUAUCAAAAUUACAAAAGAAAGGAGGUGUUUCAAUGCUUUCAAAUGAUAUGGUCACUGAACUUGAUCCAGAUGCAUCAACACGUCAAAAUAAGAAAAUAGAUUUAAGCGAUGAAACCAAUCAACAUAAAUUUUUACAAUCACUUUGGGGUUGUCUUAGAGCCGGUCUUACUGAAAAAGCAAUUAGUCUUUGUUUAGAAGUGGAGCAAUAUUGGAGAGCACAAACUUUUAUGGGUCAAAUUUAUUAUAACGGCGAAAGCGACAUUGGUAAUCCAUUCUUUAACCUUUGGAAAAGCAAUUGUUUUAACAUUUCAAAAAAUUCAAAUGACUCAUACGAAAAGGCAAUCUAUGGUUUAUUAGGUGGUAAUCUCGAUGCAGUUUUACCAAUCCAAAAGAAUUGGUAUGAUUAUUUUUGGUGUUAUUUACGUGUUCUCUUUGAUGAAACCAUUUACAGAGAAUUAAAACCAUACAGAUCCCCAUUAUCAGUCGAAGAAGAUCUCGAGACCUCACCAUCCAACAACAUCUCUCAAAUUAAUACUCCAAAUGAUAUUUUAGAGAUUUUAAAAAAUGAAGCCUCUCAAAUCGAAAUUAGAAAUCAAGCUCAAAAUCCAUAUCACAUUAUUCAAGAAUUAGUUAUUAACGAUAACUAUCAAUUAUUAUUUGAAAUUUUACCAAGUUUAUUAUUAAAGAAUAGAACACCAGAAUUUAAUAGAUUUGCAAUAUUUUUAAUUGUAUUUUAUAGAAAAAGAGAAUCAUAUUCAAUCAUUUCAGAUUCAGAAGAUUGUUCAGAAAAUAUAGUCAUCAAUGAAUAUAUUCAAUAUUUAAUCAGAUCCCAUCAAUAUGAUUUAGUUGCAUUAUAUACUUCAUUAUUAACCAAUGAAGAUUUACAAACCAAGGUUUAUUCUAAAUUCUUAGUUAAUAUAACUGAUCAAGCUCAAAUGAAACAAUGUUUAUUUUUAGCAGAAAGAUUUGGUUUAAAUAGACAAGAGAUUGCAGAAACAGUUGUAAACAAUGUUAUUACAUCAGGUGAAACCAUUAAACCAACUAUUAUUAACAGUGGUGAGGAUUAUUUAGGAUUUGGUGGUAUGAAAUCAACCAUAGCCCAAAACAAAUCAAUAGCAGCAUUGGUAUCAGCAACAGGAGCAUCAUCAUCAACAGAUAUUUUAACCAAACUUCCAAUAACCGAUUCUAUUGAUCCAAGUACUACAACACCAGAUGACCUCUCCAAGAUUGAAUCAAUCAAAUGGUUAUGCUUUGAUAAGCAAUUACUCAUCAAAGCUUUACUUCAAAGCAACCAUUUAAUUCGUGAGUUCAUUAAAUUAAAUAAAUUUAGUGCAUCCGGUGAAUUGUUAAAAUCUUUACCAAAAGAUAUAAUACUCGUUGCUAAACAGCAAUCACAACUUUCAGAAUCCGAUACAAACAACAUCAUCAAAGAAUUUAGAGAUUGGGAAAACUACAUUGCAUCAAAUACACGUAUUAAUAAUUGGUUACAUAAUUACGCCAAUCAACCAAAAGUUGAUUUAUCUUCAUUUAAAUUAAAUGGUAAAGAAUCAUAUGCAGAAAAAUUAGAUGUCGAAAGAAGAAAGAAAGAAUAUGAAGAAUUAUAUGGUCAAUGGAAUCAAAACAAUAUUACUUUUGGAAAAGAGGCAUUGGAAUCAAUUAAAUCAGUUUUAAAUACAGGUUGGUUAUGUCCAUUAGAAAAUCAAACUGGUGAAUUUGGAUUGGAUGAUGAAAAUGGCCAAUCUAUUAAUACUCUUAGAAUGAAAUGUAUACCAAAUCUAUUCAAAUCACUCCAUACCGUUUUAGUUGGUGUAGGUUCAAUUAAAAAGAGCACAAAGAUUUGUAAUCAAAUUUCAAAUGAAAAAUAUAAAUGGUACUCUGUCUUCUCAAAGAAAGAAUUACAAGAAAUAUUACAAUUAGUCCGUGAAAGUUCUAUUAAAUUAUUUGAAGUUUCACAUCAAAUUUAAAAAAAUAAAAAUAAACAUAAAAAAUUAAAUAUAAAAAAUAAAAAACAAAUUUAGUUAUUUAUUGCUUGAUAGU